AUGUUUCCGGAUGGCUUUUACCCCCAUGGCCAGCAUCUAUUCAAGUGGGUUGGUGUAGUUCAGAAGUGUGGAAUCAAAACAUUGUUUUCAGAUGGUGAAAUCCCAAGUAACACAUUAAAUAACUUGAUUCAUUUUUGUUAUCCAACCGAGAACCCAAUAGCUGGACCGAUUACAUUUACAUUUAGAUUCAUGUCAACAGAUGAGAAAUUCUACAAUGCAUUUUGUCUCCUAGAUCAAUCUUUUGUUCAAAUUAAGGAAUUAGAUUCGAAUCAACAGACAGUAAUAUGCUUCAUUUCAAGUUAUUACCACGUCGAUGUAUUCGAAGAGGCUCUGAAAAUCGUUCGAAAUCUUCUUUUGAACAAUCUUCCAUCAGCAAUUCAAUUCAUACAUACAUUAUAUGAAGAUCCAGACUCAAUUACAUUCAUGAAGUCCCUCAAAACAUUAUGGAAGUCUUCACGUUCUGAUGAAAUAUACAAUAAUCAAGUAUUAUAUCCAAUUGUCAAAAAAUUCGAUGCUACGACAAUUGCUUAUCUCGUAUUUCAUCUCUUACUUGAUACACCAAUCAUUGCUACAUCAUCAGAUCUCAACGAACUCUCCCAGUUCUGUUAUUCUUUGACUUCAUUAAUUCAUCCACUCAAAUGGCAUCAUAUUUUCGUUCCUGUUCUUCCAAAGUCCAUCAUUGAAACGGUUCUCUCUCCAUCUCCUUUCAUUGUUGGAAUUCAUUCUUCGAUGGUCGAAAAUUUGCCAAAUUCAGAUAUUGAAGCACAUUUGUUCAUUGAUAUUGACAAUGCUUCAAUCAAUAGAGUUAAUUUAACAAACUUACCGCAGUGGGUUCAUCAAAUUGCUUCCAAUGUUACAAAAAUUACUCCAAAGUCACUUCAUCAACUGAUGUUGGAGGAUAUUUGCACAGCAAUUGGAAUGCACCCAUCAGGAUCCCCAUAUUUGAUCGCCAGAAAGAUUUUGGCCGCAACAAAAGACCAAAAACUAAAUUCUGACUCAAUAACAAGCCAGUUGAUAAACAGCAGAACUGUUAAAUGCUUGUUGAAUACAAUUAAGGAAUCUCCAAUACCUAAUACUUACAUGACGAUGCUGAGCAGUUUUACACACACUUUUGUGUCUUUUCCAGCAUCUCAGAACGUAGAAGAGUUUCCUCUUAAAAAGGCUUUGGUUCCGAAGAGUUCUUCAGUUCAAUUUCCUCAGAAGAAGAGAUCUCCACACAAAUCAAAGUCUCUUUCUGAAAUUCCUGGACGCUGA